UUGGAAACACUAAGUCUAUCCGUUGUAACGCGUAAAUGGUAGCAUCUUCGUCCUUUUGAUGAAUUUUCAUCAUUUUACGGAAGUAAAUCCAACAUAAAGAUGGAAGAAAAGCAGUAUACAUCUUUGACGGUCCCCUCGGAGUACCAUGAACAUUGGUUUCAGUAUAUGCAGCACAACCAGGCUCUCCAGGUGGCCCAGUACCACCAGAUGGCCACACUCCCUCAGUAUAUGGGGGCUCCAGACGAGGACAGGGUGAUGACCGAAUUGAUGGUCCACCAAGAACACACCGUACCCCAGGAGCCCCCUGUCCCAGUGCAAGCUCCAGGAAAGGGGAAGAGGGGGAGGCCCCCCAAUAAGGAGAAGGGUGAUGAGUCCCCUGCCAAGGCCAAGAGGAAGCUGGACCGCUUCAAUGGCAUGUCAGUUGAGGAGGUCAUGGCCAAGACGCUUCCCGACGUCCUUGCUCACAACCUGGACAUCUUGAUCAUUGGUAUCAACCCUGGACUGCUCUCGGCGUACAAGGGACAUCAUUACCCAAAUCCAGGAAACCAUUUUUGGAAGUGCCUCUUCUUAUCGGGUAUCACUGAAGUGCAACUCAGUGCCAUGCACGAUCAGACCCUGCCAGAGAAGUACAGCAUUGGAUUCACCAAUAUGGUGGAGAGGACCACGCCAGGAAGCAAAGACCUCACAAGUAAAGAGUUUCGUGAAGGAAGCCGGCUCCUAGUAGAGAAGUUACAGACGUACAGGCCCCUCAUAGCUGUCUUCAAUGGAAAGUGCAUUUAUGAAAUUUUCAGCAAAGAGAUUUUUGGAGUCAAGAGCAAGAACCUCGAGUUUGGCUUACAGCCUCACAAGAUUCCCGAUACGGAAACAGUGUGCUACCUGAUGCCCUCCUCCAGCCCGCGCUGUGCCCAGUUCCCACGCGCCCAGGACAAGGUGCACUUCUUCAUCAAACUGAAGGAGCUGCGCGACCAGCUCAAGGGUGUCGCCCAGAACCCGGAAGUGCAGGAGACAACGUACACCUUCGACCUGGACAUGGCCAAAGAGGAUGCCAAGAAGCUGGCUAUCAAAGAGGAGCAGCAGGACCCUGGGUACGAGGCGGCCUUUGGCGGAGUGGUUGAAUCCUCAGCUGGGCCAGGCCAGAGCAACGGCCACUGUGACUUCCCCUAUCAAGGGACCCCUGCCAGACAGAGUGAAAUGGUUGGGAGGGAGACUGCACCCCUGGCAGCCGUGGGCCGGGUCCUGGAUGGGCAGUGGAUGAUGCAAUCCUUUGCCGAUCAGAUCCCCGAGAUCGCCGGCGGCAGUGCACAACUCCAGUAGGGGACGGAGACUGUGUUAGAAGGGUGGAGCCUUGUUGGAUCGCUCCCAGGAAUUGCAUGGAUUGGGGAUUGGCUACCGAGGCACCAUGGACCAGU